UGGCCACAACACAACACCUCCAUCAUCAUCCGCCAAAUUUGUCAAUGUCAAGGCUCCGACCCGCUACCCUCGAGAACCCGACCCAGAUAUUUGAUCUCAGUUUGCCAUCUCUGAUCUGAAAAUCCUUCUCGCAUAUUCUCUUGAUUCAGUUAUUGCUCCUCACGCUUCUAUUUUCCAGUGAAGACUCAGCAAUCACAAACCCUAACCCUCUUCUUGGGAGAUUCUUUCCGGAGGUAAUAAUCUCGUGUGGAUGGUCUUAUCCUGCGCGAUAGCCGGCCGUAAUUUCAUGAAAUUCAAUCCGGAAACCUGCUUAAUAGAUUUGCAAUUUGAAGUGUGGAGGGGCUUCUGAGGAUGAAAUUUGAUGCGAAGAAGAAAAAAAGUGUGAUCGCGAGCUCUUAAAAGGAUGUGGUUUUCCUUUUGGAGAUCCCGGGAUAGAUUUUCUUUGGAUGAACUCAGAUUCCUAACUGAUCAACUAAUGAAAGUUCAAAUUGUGAAUGAGGUUAACAAGGACUUUGUAAUUGAGGCUUUGAGAUCUAUCGCGGAGUUGAUAACUUACGGGGACCAACAUGAUAAUGCAUAUUUCGAGUUUUUUAUGGAGAAGCAGGUCAUGGGUGAGUUUGUUCGCAUAUUAAAAACUAGUAGAACUUUGAUUAUCUCGCUCCAGCUAUUGCAGACCAUGAGCAUAAUGAUCCAGAACCUAAAAAAUGAACAUUCCAUAUAUUAUAUGUUUAGCAAUGAACAUGUUAACUAUCUUAUAACUUACUCAUUUGACUUCCGGAAUGAAGAGCUGUUAUCUUACUAUAUAUCCUUCCUAAGGGCAAUAAGUGGAAAGUUAAACAAGGAUACUAUUUCUCUCCUUGUCAAGACACAAAAUGAGGAAGUAGUUUCUUUCCCCCUUUAUGUUGAGGCGAUACGGUUUGCCUUCCAUGAAGAAAGUAUGAUUCGAACUGCCGUACGUGCUUUAACGCUGAAUAUUUAUCAUGUUGGAGAUGAUGCUGUAAAUAUGUUUGUGUCGAGGGCUCCUCAUGCGGAUUAUUUCUUGAACUUGGUCAAAUUUUUUCGAGAUCAAUGUAUCCAUUUGAAUCUAGUGGUUUCAAAUGCUUCAAAGAACCUGGAUGUGGAAUCAACAUCUACCAUUCUUUCUGCUGUUGAUGAGAUUGAAGACAAUCUCUAUUAUUUCAGUGAUGUUGUUUCUGCUGGAAUUCCUGAUGUUGGGAGGUUGAUAAUGGACAGUGUUUUGAAGCUUCUGAUAUUUCCAUUAAUUCUUCCUUCCUUGAGGAUUGGAGCAGUCAAGGAACCAAGCCUUGGUGCUGUCUCUUCUUUAUAUUUACUUUGUUGCAUUUUGCGCAUAGUCAAAAUCAAAGAUCUGGCAAACACUGUUGCUGCUGCUCUUCUGUAUUGUCCAGACAGCUUCCCUUGGAAUUCUGAAGCUGAACCCAAUGGUAAUAUGUUGGGUCAUGGGUCUUCAGAUGCAGCAAGCCAAUAUUCGGACGAGAAUAAUUCCACUUCCGAGUCAGAUGCUAGAAGCCCCGAGCUUUCUGUUCUGACAUCUAGUUCUUCGCUGAACCAUCCACCUAAUGGUGUGCCUGGUCAUGAUUGUGGUAGUACACCGUUUGCACCCAGGGAAGCUUUGCUUUCAUUUGUUACCAGUGGCGAUGAUGUUCAAGUUUCAGGCUCUUUAAAUGUGCUGGCUACUUUAUUGCAGACUAAAGAACUGGAUGAAUCAAUGGUCGAUGCACUUGGCAUACUUCCACAGCGUAAACAGCACAAGAAAAAGCUGCUGCAAGCCCUGGUUGGAGAAGAUUCUGGGGAAGAGCAACUUUUCUCUUCCAAAAGUAGUGGAGUGAAAGAUGGCAUCAGUAGUGAACUGGAUAUCUAUCUGCAGAAGUUGAAGGAUUAUGUUGGAGUCUCCUGUGCAAGCCCAGAGGUCGGAGUGAGCCCUCGCGUGCAUAGAUUUCAAGUACUCGACGCAUUGGUCAGUCUCUUCUGCAGGUCAAAUAUAUCUGCAGAAACGUUAUGGGACGGUGGUUGGCUUUUGCGCCAGUUGCUACCUUAUAGUGAGGCAGAGUUCAAUAGCCGUCAUCUUAGACUACUUAAAGAUUCAUUCCGCAAUUGCACUAAUCAUGUUAUAGAGGAGACAAGAGGAACUUGGUCCGAUCUGUUGGUGACGACUAUUUGUGAUGAGUGGAGAAAGUGCAAAAGAGCAAUUGAGGCUUCUUCUCCUCGAAAAGAUCCAAAGUUCGUGCUUUUGCCACCGAACAAGUCUGCCUCUGAUGAGAAUGCGUCCGGUGAAUCCUCCAUCGCUGCUGGAGAAAGAAUGUGCGAGACAGUGAAGGUUUUUGUACUACUUCAUCAUCUCCACAUUUUCUCCCUCGGUAGAGUUUUGCCAGAUCAACCUCCUGUACUCCCUGCAGUUGAUAUUCCAGAAAAUUCUAGAGCAAAGAAUGCUGAUGUAAAUCCACCGGGAGUUAAACCAAACACUGAAAUAAAUCUUGUGGAUGUGGUGCCUUGUCGGAUUGCAUUUGAGAGGGGCAAGGAACGCCAUUUUCACUUUCUAGCACUGUCUGUGGGGACCUCUGGUUGGCUUGUCCUUGCUGAGGAGUUACCCAUGAUAUCACGCCGGGGUAUUGUUCGAGUUGCAGCACCAUUGGCUGGAUGUAAUCCCAGAAUAGACGAUAAACAUCCGAGGUGGCUGCACCUCCGAAUUCGUCCAUCCACAUUUCCCUUCACAGACACUCCUAAGUAUGGUGCUCACGGAAAGGUAAAAUCAAAAAGUUUGGUCGAUGGAAGGUGGACUCUGGCAUUCCGGGACGAGGAAUCUUGCAAGCAUGCUUUGUCCAUGAUUCUUGAAGAACUUAAGUUGCAAAGCCAUGUGGUGGAGAGAAGUCUACAACCUUUGCUUGAACUUGAUAGAAGUUCAAGCCCUUCUUAGUGUAUAGCGGGUAACUCUUGAUGAAAGCCAUUCUCCAUAUUCUUUGUAAAAGUUUUAACUUUUGAGCUUCUUUUGAGUUCGUUUUCCAAUAUAUACUUGUGCACACAAAGGGGUGGAGAUUUCUGCAGGCCACCCAUUUGUACAUUGUCCAAAAAGAAAUCCGUAGGUACACAAAUGUAUGAUAGAGCAUGUAAUAUUUAGUUCCCAUUCUUUGUAUAUACGACGAGAUAGUGUCCUUUAUCCCCUGCAUUUGAGAUUUUUCUACCCUCUUUACCUCCUCUUAACUCAGCUCAGCCACUUUAGAUGUUGCUCAUUCUCAGUAUUUGUAAGCUUUUGUAACCUUACAUAUAUUUGAGCCAAUGAAAGAAAAGUUUUAAUUC